AGGAGUCGAAGAGGGGCGCCGAAUCUAAACCCGAUAACGAACCAGCUGGUGGCAGUGCCGUCGGACGACGUUUACGUGGAAGUACGGCCUUCGCGAAAAUUCAUUUCUCUAUCCAAUCACUGUCGAAUGAUUCUAACGAAGAAAUUUGAAAAACGAUAGAGACAGUGUCACAAAAUCAGAAAUUGUUAAAACGAUUACCUGUGAUUCUUGUUAUCGGUAAUUGGUGAUCCAUCGAUUUUUGGUGAUUCCUGAUCGAAACAAGGCAAAGCAAAGGGAACAGAGAAGAAGAAGAAGAAGAAGAAGAAGAAGAAGAAGAAGAAGAAGAAGAAGAAGAAGAAGAAGAGGAAGAAGAAGAAGAGAAAAAACAAAAACAGAAACAUGCCUUGACCGCACCUCAGGUGACACCAGGAUGUAUUGUAUAGUCGAAAGAAUAUCACUGUGCUUGUAGCGCGUAUAACUUUUGAUUGGACGACAAAUGUCGUAGGUAUUCUUAUCUGUGCUGAGGUGUGUGCGUGUGUGAGUGAAAUCGUGUGUGGCUGUGGGUGCUGCUCUCCUCGAUUGUAUCUGACCUGACCCAGGUGAGCACCUGGACCAACAAAGAUGACUACGAGGGAGUUAUACGUGAAGGGUGGUAAGGUAUGGGUGCCGCACCCAGAAAAGGUUUGGGAAGGCGCGGUGCUUCUGGAAGAUUACAAAUUAAAACAGGGAACCUUGAAAGUUAAUACGGACGAUUCCAAUCAGACGAAGGUCUUGGAGAUCAAAUCAGAUUCCGAUUUACCACCGUUAAGAAAUCCUGAUAUACUUAUAGGGGAGAAUAACUUGACAUCGUUGUCGUUUCUUCACGAGCCAGCUGUUCUGUAUAAUCUACAGAUUCGUUUUCAACGACACUGUAUUUACACUUAUUGCGGUAUCGUUUUGGUUGCGUUUAACCCAUACAAUGAACUUCCAAUUUAUGGCAACGACACGAUAUGGGCGUACAGGGGUCAGGCGAUGGGCGAUUUGGAACCUCAUAUAUUCGCCGUCGCUGAAGAAGCGUACACCAAGCUGGAAAGGGAAGGUCACGACCAAUCUAUUAUCGUUUCUGGAGAAUCCGGCGCUGGAAAAACUGUCUCUGCAAAAUAUACGAUGCGAUAUUUCGCUACCGUCGGUGGUUCAACGACCGAGACGCAGGUCGAGAAGAAAGUCCUUGCCUCUCUACCGAUCAUGGAAGCUAUCGGUAAUGCAAAGACAACGAGAAACGAUAAUUCCUCGAGAUUCGGGAAGUUUAUCGAGAUUCAAUUUAACAAACACUACCACAUCACCGGGGCCAGUAUGAGAACUUAUCUCCUGGAAAAGUCAAGAGUCGUGUUUCAGACAUACGAGGAAAGGAAUUAUCAUAUAUUUUAUCAAAUGUGCGCAGCCGCAGCGCGUCUACCUCAUUUGCAUUUGAGCCACCAGAGUAAGUUUCACUAUCUAAAUCAAGGAAAUGAUCCCUUGAUAGAUGGCGUGGAUGACUUGAUGUGUUUCGAUGAGACGAUAAGCGCGCUCACCAUGCUUGGAUUCUCGUCCAAGCAGCAGGACGACAUGCUUCGUAUUUUAGCAGCUAUUAUGCAUUUGGGAAACGUGAAUAUAGGGAAUGCCGAUAACCAAAAUUCGAGCAAUGAAAACGACACCGAAACCAGUUACAUUCAUUCGUCAGACAAACAUCUAUUGAUGAUGUGCGAGCUGUUGGGCACCGACGUAAACGCGAUGAGAAAAUGGCUGUGCCAUAGAAAAAUCGUGUCGAUGAGGGAAGUAUUCUUGAAACCAAUGAACGUGGAACAAGCGAUUGGCGCUAGAGACGCACUGGCCAAACAUAUUUACGCGGAAUUGUUCAACUGGAUCGUAGCUGGCAUCAAUAACUCCUUGCAUUCUCAAAACAAACCCCAGUGUUUCAUCGGUGUCCUGGAUAUCUACGGUUUCGAGACGUUCGAGGUCAAUUCUUUCGAACAGUUCUGCAUAAAUUACGCGAACGAGAAGCUUCAACAACAAUUCAAUCAGCACGUCUUCAAGUUAGAGCAGGAGGAGUAUUUUAAGGAGGAGAUCGAAUGGACUUUCAUAGACUUCUAUGACAAUCAACCUUGUAUCGAUCUCAUCGAAACGAAACUGGGUAUCCUCGAUUUGUUGGACGAGGAAUGUAGGAUGCCGAAAGGUUCGGAUAGUUCAUGGGCGGAUAAACUUUACUCGAAAUGUGGAAAAUCGAAACACUUCGAAAAACCACGAUUCGGAACUUCUGCCUUCUUGAUUCACCACUUUGCCGACCGGGUGCAAUACGAAACGACUGGAUUUUUAGAAAAAAACAGAGACACCGUUAUCGAGGAACAGGUUGACGUACUGCGAAACGGAGACAAUAAGUUAUUGAAGAAGUUAUUCAGCGAAGAGGAUCCGAAGCUUAUGGUACCAUCGAACGUGAGACUGAAAGUAUCGGCUCAAAAGCCAGCAUUAAAUUCGCCUAAGCAAAAUAAGAAAACGGUAGGUUCGCAAUUUCGCGACUCCUUGAAUAUGUUGAUGUCUACAUUAAACGCAACUACACCGCAUUACGUGCGCUGUAUCAAACCAAACGAUACCAAGGAAGCAUUUGAAUACAACCCAAUUCGUGCGAUGCAGCAAUUACGGGCUUGCGGUGUCCUAGAGACGAUUAGAAUAUCCGCCGCUGGAUUUCCCAGUCAAAGAACAUACAACGAAUUCUUUCUCAGGUACAGGAGCCUCUGUAAAUUCAAGGAUAUUCGACGCGACGACCUCAAAGAAACCUGUCGACGAAUAUUGGGCAGGUAUAUCAAAGACGAAGAUAAAUUUAAAUUCGGCAAGACGAAGGUUCUUUUUCGUGCUGGUCAAGUAGCUUAUCUAGAAAAGCUACGAGCGGAACGACAGCGAGAUGCUUGUGUUAUGAUCCAAAAAACGGUGCGCGGUCUGAUAUGCCGUAGUAGGUAUAAGAAGAUUCGAUGUGCUGUGCUUGGUCUUCAAAGAUACGGAAGAGGAUACAUCGCUAGGCAGAAAGCUCAGGCUGUGAGGGAAGAAAGGGCCGCGACGAAAAUUCAAGCUCGUGUCAAAGGUUGGCUGAAGAGGCGUCGAUAUCUCCAGAUAAAACGCACAAUUCUCGGUAUUCAGACGUACGGCAGGGGAAAACUGGCGCGGCAGAAAUACGAACGAAUGAAGGACAAUGCGGCAGCGAUUGUAAUUCAGAGAUUCGCCAGGGGUUACCUUGUUCGAAUGGCGUGCAAGAAAAAAUUAAGAGAUAUUAUAACCGUUCAGUCUUGCAUCAGAAGGCAUAUGGCGAGGAAAGAGUUUAAGAGAUUGAAAGCUGAAGCGAGAAGCGUGGAACACGUAAAAUCUCUGAACAAGGGAUUAGAGAAGAAGAUAAUGACCCUGCAGCAAAAGAUCACCGAGCUUAUGAAAGAGAAUCAAGUAUUGAAGAACGUUCAGAACGAGGUGAUAGACUUGAAACACAAAUUAGAAGGACUGAAAUCCGUAGACGCGGAGAAUAAGAAAUUAAAUGCUAUACUAAUAGAGAAAGCGAAAGAAUUAGAAAAGAUUCAGGAUAUCGUGAAAGCUGAAAGAGAUGAAAAAAUGGAUAUUUUACAGGACAAGGAAAGAAAUACACAAGAGAAAGAACAAGAAAAUAUGGAGCUUCUGGGUGAAAUCGAAAAGUUGCGAAAGGAACUUUCGGUAGCUAAUGAAAAGUUGAAGAACAACCAACGCGGUGCUGAAGAGAACUUGAAGUAUCGUUUAGAACAGGAAAAAGAUCUUCUCCUGCUGGACCAAGACCAGGAUCGUGGCGCCUAUCAGAAAUUAUUGAAAGAGUAUCACGAGUUAGAGCAACGUACAGAAAUGUUAGAACAGAAACUCGCUAUGCAUGCUCCUGCACACUCGCGUUCUCUUAGCAAUGCUUCCAGCAGUAGCGGACAAAUCGUGUCUACGGAACUUCCACAAGAUGACCAGAAUAUCGAUUUGGGUUACGGUUCGGUAAGAUCGACUGCUUCUUCCUCGACUCCUUACUCACGGCUGGAAACGAUUGACUGGAAUCAGCAAAGGUCAGAUAGUCCACCCGAUGGAGAGGUCCAAUCAAAUAAAUCACCUGCCGAAACGAAUGGUCCGACACACGCGCCAGUAGAUAUUGGAUUAGUGUUGAAGCUUCAACAGAAAUUAAAGGAUGUUGAGAAAGAGAAGGGAAGAUUAAUCAGAAUGGUGGAAGAUUUAGAACGUGAUAGUCCCGAAGAAACUUCGAGGAUGCAAGAUACAUUUAGGCUUCAAGAAUUGGAAAUGGAAAAUGCUCAAUUAAAGAAAGAUUUAGGUACUUUAAGAAAAAGCGUUUCCUCAACAGGCCUAACUGGUGCCCAGCAGAAUCUCAUGGGACAAUUUGAUGCGCUUCAAGAAGAGCUUGAGAGAAGACGAGAAGAAUGCAUUCAACUGCAUAGCGUGUUGGCAGAUAAUACACGAAGAAUGAAGAGCUUAGGCUCGAAUUAUGGCCGUGAUGUGGACAUUAUAAACGAAGACGGCGAAUUAGUACUCGCCUUCGAAACACAGAAAAAGAUCAACAGUAGACUUAAGACAAAGCGAAAGGCCUCAAGAGAGCAAUUAGAAGACGAGCUUCAAAUGAAGGAGAAAGGGUGGCGGGCACAGAGGGAUGAAUGGCGAGCGGAAAUCGAUAGGUUACAGGAGGAAAUUGAGAAGCAGCAGAAGUUACUAUCCGUGAAUUUGAGCAAAUCGCCGCAGACCCAGACUGAGGCAUAUAUGCAACACGAAAUUGCCAGGCUAACGUCUGAAAAUUUGGAAUUGCAAGAAAAAUACGAUAAAAUAGCAGAAGAAUGCAGGAAGUUUAAGAGGCAAUGCAAAAUACUUGCGAAACGUCUGAGGGAUGCAGGCUAUGAGGGAGACGAUACUAAGGAACAUAAGGAGCGCCCUCAUAUGUCAAGGGGCGCCGUGCCAGAUACUGCAGAAUCUGUAAGCGAUUCUGCGAUAAUGUCUUCCAAUAGUCAGUCGGGAGAUAAUGGAAGUAAUUUGCCAGUUAUCCGGAAGAAAGAAAGAGAUUAUGAGGGCAUGUUCGAGUUUAGAAAAGAAGAUAUCAACAUAAUAAUACGUCAUCUCGUUUUCGAGUUAAAACCUAGAAUCGCGGUGACAUUACUUCCUGGUCUGCCAGCUUAUAUUCUUUUUAUGUGUAUAAGGCAUACAGACUGCGUAAACGACGAUGAAAAAGUGAGAUUGUUAUUAACGGCAUAUCUCAAUGCUGUGAAACGUGUAGUCAAGAAACGUGAGGACUUUGAUUGUAGCGUACUCUGGUUCAGCAACACCUUGAGAUUGUUGCAUAAUAUGAAACAGUAUUCGGGAGACAAACCUUUUCAAAUCGAAAACACACCAAGACAAAAUGAGCAAUGUCUUAGAAAUUUCGAUUUAAGCGAGUAUCGCCUUGUAUUGAGCAACGUGGCGCUUUGGAUUUUCAAUAAUAUCGUAACGAAUCUUAAAGAAAGGAUUCAAGCUCUGACUGUCCCCGCUCUUCUCGAACACGAAGCUAUAUCAGGCUUGAAUUCUAACAAACUCGGUCGACCACGAUCAUCCUCUAUGGGAGAGGAGCCAGAAUCAACUCAACAAAAGCUUAAUAAACUUCUCGAUGAACUUACUUUAGUGUAUAAAACUCUUCAAUAUCAUGGUGUUGAUCCUGAGAUUGUCGUGCAACUUUUCAAACAACUGUUUUAUUUCAUGUGCGCUAGUGCUCUGAAUAACUUGCUUCUCAGGAAUGAACUUUGUCACUGGACGAAGGGCAUGCAAAUAAGAUAUAAUUUAAGCCAUUUGGAACAAUGGGGACGAGAUCGAAGAUUAGAAGCAGCAUCCGAAGUGCUUCAGCCAAUUGUACAAGCAGCACAGCUUUUGCAAGCUCGUAAAACAGAUGAAGACGUAAAUUCUGUGUGCGAAAUGUGCAACAAAUUAACCGCGAAUCAAAUAGUGAAAAUUCUAAAUUUGUAUACACCAGCUGACGACUUUGAAACGCGCGUGCCAGUUUCGUUCAUCAAGAAGGUACAGGAAAAAUUGAGUGAACGUGGUGAGAACAACGAACAGCUGUUAAUGGAUCUUAUGUAUUCAUACACAGUAAGAUUACCAUUCAAUCCAUCGGAUAUUCGACUAGAGGAUAUCGAAAUACCAGAAGUACUUCAUUUACCCAUGCUCAAAAAGGUGUAAUCAUAGGAAAGGAAAAACUUAGAGGCCCUGCUGUGCAUAUAAUUUUUACGAUUGUACGUCAAGACUUAAGGAGGAUGGUGUUGAUAUAAGGCUCUGCUGGAACUUGCGAUUUAAACAUCUGAAUUGAGUGGACAUUGGACGUACGUUAAAUAAGAAUAAGUGAGAUAUAAGAAUGCAAGUAUAUACGAUGAAACGAAGUGCCGAAUUCUGUAUCGUAUGGUACAGAAAUGUUGUUAUGGAGAUUAAAGAUGUUUAAGAAGUGCGUUGUUUCUUGGUGUUGUUAGUCUAUCAAAAGUUGUUAUGGCAAAAUAUUGCAACUCCAAGCAUGAACUUUAUGUAUGUAAUAAAUCUAUUGGAGAUGCACUUAUUGUGUAAAAACAGAAAGAGAAAAGAGAUAUGUGUUAUGCUGGGAUAGAUUGUAUAUUUUGUGAUAAGAGAAAGACUAUCUGUCUAUCCCCAUAGACCGAAGGCUGAAGAUAUCGGAGAAAAAGAGAGAAGAAGAUAGAGGUAUACAAUGUUGUUAUAAUAUAAUUUAUAAAUGUACAAGCGAUCGUAUUUUGUGCCAUUUUAUUAGUAGAAUGUUACCAAAUUGUUUCUUACGUUGAUCGAUCUGCAUUUACGUUUAUGCUUUAUGAAAUGAAACAAAAUUCCCACAACCCGGAUUAUACAGGAAAAAAUAUCUGUCUACACGAUUAUACCUUGACUCGAUGUGACAAAUUUAUUUGUUCCUACGAAGAAAAUAAAAAAGAAUCGUUGAUGGAAU